GACAUGUGAAAUAUCUCAACGUAGAUUCAAAUGUAAAAAAAUAAAAAUUAAAGAACUUAAAUCACAUCUAAAAGAUCUUGAUAAACUCAAAGAAGAUGUUAUAAAACUUAAAAACCAAAUUGAUAGUUUAUUAAACAAAAAUGAGGCAUUAAGACAUAAAAGUGAUGAUUUAAGUAGCAUAAUAGACUAUGGAUUUAAAUUGACAGCAUAUUCUGCAGAAAAUGCAGAAUUAACAAUUUUUUUUUGA